UGGAGUGUGGCUAGAAAAUUCUCCACAUUUCUUUGGGAAACUGAUCGCUGAUUCAAGUUUCAAGAUUUCAAGUAAUAACGAGUAAAGAAUUGCGGACAGAAAAAAGGCCCAGCAAAAAAAAUUUGUACAUAGGAUCUCAAAACAGGGCUAUAAGCGUUAACCAAGAUCGACGCGGCAGCGCACGCGAAUUGUUGGCAAUCAAGUUUUCAAAAACAUUUUUACCGUGUAAAUGUAAUUUUAAAAUAAUGCAGGGAACGCAACAAACGAAUUUAUCUGGCUAUUCAAUACCGCAUGUGUCAUUAACAACUAACAUGGCUGGUUUGACAAAAAAACAAAGAAAACGUCUACCACAACGUGAAAGAGAAGCUCAACGUGCCUCAGUUCAAAUGGCAGUUAAUAAAAUUCAAACCUCAAUUAAAACCGUACCCAAUAAUAACUCUAUCGGCGGCAAUACAAAUAGUCCCCAGGUACCAGCUCUGUCUGGUAUGCUGUACGAUCUGGCCGUACAGUUUCGCACCGAGAUAUGCUUAUUACAAAUGCUCAUAGACUCGGAGACUCAACAAAAUUCUAAAACAAUAGCUGACAAAGAAUUUAUUGUGGCAGAAAUAACAUUAGCGAAUAGUAGUCCAAUAACAAAAGAAGCAUUCAAAUUUAUGCGUUCAGUGAUUCUUAAUGCAAUUGAGAAAUAUCAAAAGCCGAAAAAAGUCACCCCUAUUUUCUAUAGCAUGAAUCAUAAUAACACGUACAUAAAUAUUCUCUGUGAGGAUGCAUUUGCAUUUGGCUGUUUGCAGGCUUGCGUUGGAAAAAUGUCUACUUUGGGUAAUGUAUCGUUGUAUCCUUUGGAGGCAAGUGCUGGCCGCUUAUAUUGUUACAGUGUAAUAUACACUGGAAUUAUAAAUGAUCCAAUGAAAUUUUUGUUGCAAAUCCGUUUGCAUAUACCGAAAUUGCGCACCGAUCACUGGAUUAUUGCAGAUAGCAAAGUAUGUACCGAUGACCAAGAUGAAACCCAAUUCCUAUUCCUUGUGGAUGAAAUAUCGUCCAUAGCGCUCGAGUACCGUUAUAGCAAUAGGCUUUUCAUCUGCUUGGAAGAAGCACUAUUUCAUAAUCAUGGCCAAUUACCAAAUUUCUUUUGACAAAUCGAAGCGAAGCAAGCGAGCCCGACAAUUAUGUAGAUCAUCUAUAAUUUACUAAAAAAUUUCUUAACUUAUAUUUUACCUAAAGAUGUACCUUUUACCCAUUACAAUAUUUUAUUAUAAUUAUUUGCCGGUAUAUUAAAAAUGUAUGUUAUAAUUCUCAUAAUAUAUUAAUUUAUUUUAAUGUAAUUUAAAAGAAAUUUGCACAACCACUGGUAGAAAUACAUAUGCCUUUUUUAUUUCGACACAUUUAACAAUAAAUGAAAUUGAAUUGAA